AUGAUAACUGAAACCAGCAACCAACAACCUAUCAAUAAUGCCUUUGACAAGGCUACUAACAGUGUUUCUAUCGGCACAUCCACUGAUGGGAAAUAUUAUUAUGCAGGCACUGCAAGCAAGGACUGGUGCAUAGGCGAAGUACCUCAUGUAAGCUAUGUUUUGGCUCUUGUCACCGAUGCCGUCCUUCGCCAUUUCUCUUCCAAAUUCCAAAAGGAUCCCGUGGCACUCAAUUGCUUUUAUUUGCGAAAGACCAGCGUGGGCCCCUACAUUGUAGAAAUUCAAGACAUCAAAACGAGUAGCAAAGGCUAUUGUGUUGUGCGUGCUAGUCUUUUACAAGCCAAGGACACAGCCCAGUUGAAGCAUGUGGAUGAACUCCAACGCGAUCAAUAUACUGAAAAGGUGCAUGUCAUCUUCACCAUGGGCAAUAUGGACAAUGAAAAGGGUGUCACCCACUUCCAUGAGCCGUAUCAACCACCUAGCCGUGAUGUGAUGGUUCCCUACAAGCACACCUAUAUGGGCAAUUUCAUUGAAGGUCUCGUGGAUCGAACCAGCAUUCCAAAGGAUCAUGUCUCUGGCAUUGGUGGCAAGGCUUACUUUAAUCAACUACUCAAGUUCACUGAUGGCCGUGAUAUCGAUUUCAAAAGCAUUCCUUAUUGGUGUGAUAUGUUUGUGACACCUCCAAUCUUAUUGGGAUGGGAUUUCUUGGGAGGUCCUGUGUGGUGCCCCACCAUGCAACUCGAGGUCCAGUUCAAGCGAAAGCCCACCGGCAAGGAAGUGCUUACUACCAUUGCUGCUCCUCAUAUUAUCAACAAUCGAUUCGACUGCAGCGGCGGUGUAUGGGACGCAGAGGGAAAUCUUUUAGCAUUGACACGCCAUCAAUGCUUGAUUGUUCCAUGGAGCCGUAACGCUAAAUCCGGUGACACUGCACCCAAAGCACGCUUCUAG